AUGGAUGAAACCGGGUGCCCGACCGUGCCAACCAGACCUGUCAAAACCAUCGUGCGAAAAGGACAAAAGCAGGUCGGCUCACUAACAUCUGCCGAAAAAGGCACCAUUGUGUCUUUGGCUUUGGCCGUCAGCGCUAGUGGCCAGUCUAUACCACCAUUCUUCCUCUUUCCCCGAGUCAACAUAAAAGAGAUUUUUAUGACUCAUGCGAGUCAUGGCGCUGUUGGUGUUGCGAACGGUUCUGGUUACAUGAACGCUGACGUAUUCCCUCAAUUCAUGCGUCAUUUCAUCAAGCACACCGGUGCUAAUGCCGAUUCGCCAACCAUGUUGCUGCUGGACAACCACGGUUCGCAUUUAUCGAUCGAGGCGAUAGAUUUGGCGUUGGAUCAUGGCAUCACGUUGCUGUCUUUUCCGCCGAAAUGCACGCACAAAAUGCAGCCGCCAGAUGUUGCGGUAUUUGCACCAUUUAAAGGCAUGAUGACCGUGAAGCAUGAUGCAUGGAAAAAGUCCAACAUUGGUGUCACUUUCGAUCUGCAUCAUGUGCCGCUCCUUGUCGAUCAGUGCCUCGAUGUUAUGUUAACGCCGAAAACCAUCAAAUCCGGCUUCCGAACAACUGGCAUCUACCCGUUCAACCCCGCAAAUUUUCACUGA